CACGAAACGAAACGCACGCCUGCCUCCCUAUUUACCCAACCCGUCGCCACCCACCCCUCCCCUUCCUCUCCUCCUCGCCUCGCGCCGAAGUCGCCGGAGCCACGCAUUCCCUGCCCCGCUGCCAUCUGAGCCCCACGCCACCACCGCCCGGCUAUAUAUCGCCCGCGUCACCCCCACUCCACGCCUUCCCCCCUCUCUCCCAUCCCCGACGCCGGGGGCCCCGCGCGGCAGCGCAUCGACCAGGCGCGCACGACCCGGGCCCGCGCGGGAGGUCUGGUACUAAUAAACGGGACAUGGCGCGCCGCGGCGGCCUCCGGCUGCUGCUCGUGAUGCUCCUCGCCGCCGCCGUUGCGGCGUCGCCGGAGGUGGCGGUGGAGGUGGUGGCGACCGCGUCCGAGGAGGCGGACGCGGCGCAGCAGCACCUCCUGCCGCGCCCGCUCGUCAUCGAGCUCCCGACGACGUCGGCGACGCGGGAGGCGGACGGCGAGGGGUUGGAGGAGGUGCCACCGGAUGUGCGGUGCGCGAGCUGGAGGCUGGCGGCGGAGGCCAACAACCUGGCGCCGUGGAAGGCCGUUCCGGCGGAGUGCGCGGCGCAUGUGCGGGACUACGUCGCGGGGGUUGCCUACCGCUCCGACCUGGAGCUCGUGGCGCGGGAGUCCUCCGCGUACGCGCGCGCCGCGCCCAUCGGGGACGACGGCCGCGACGUCUGGGUGUUCGACGUCGACGAGACGCUACUCUCCAACCUGCCCUAUUACGCCGAGCACGGAUACGGGCUUGAACUGUUCGACCACCACGCGUUUGACAAGUGGGUGGAGAGGGGGGAGGCGCCGGCGAUCCCCUCUACCUUGAAGCUGUACAACGAGGUUCGCGAUCUUGGGUUCAAGACCUUCCUGCUCACCGGCCGAAGCGAGGCGCACCAGGUCGUCACGGUGGACAACCUGAACAGACAGGGUUUCCAUGAUUGGGACAAGCUCAUACUGAGGGCAGCAGCUGACCGCAAGAAAACAGCGACAACCUACAAAUCAGAAAAGAGGAAAGAAAUGGAAGCGGAAGGGUACAGGAUCCUAGGCAAUUCUGGCGAUCAAUGGAGUGAUCUGCUGGGAUCUUCCAUGAGUGCUCGCUCCUUCAAGCUUCCCAACCCAAUGUAUUAUAUCCCAUGACAGAAACAGAAAAACAGGGCGGAUGGAAGAUGCGGUGUUUAUUUGAUGCAUUUUUCACGAGGCCCAAUUUGAACUGAAUACUGACUGGUGCCAAGAAAUCUGAGAAAAAAUUGGCGAAGGAUUUAAACUGUACAAAAGCUUCACUAACUUCAUAUUAGUAUACGUUAUACAUUACACCUGUAAGUUCGAAUGUAAUAGUUGAAAUGCGAAGAGUUACUCUAUGAAUAAAUGGUGGGUUCAGGGA